AUGCUCUCACGCCCUGUCCGGCAAGUGCCCUCGUCGAGGUCGUCGUCGUCGUGGGCCGUCCUUCGCAUUCGACGUCGCAGCUCUUUUCACCUUUCAGCAGCCACCUCUGCCAGGAAACCAGCUCUUCGCUCUUAUGGAAUCAAACCUUCUUCUUCCACCUCAUUCCGCCGAGCGUCACCGCGACAGAUCCGAGAAUCUCCUCAGCUCCAUCCCUCAACGAACGUGGCUCCAAAGAGAUCCCCCCAUCAACCCACAGCUGGCUUUCACAUGAAGACCCGAAUUCGUGCCAACAAGGGCACGCCACAGGCAACGGGCUCCUCUGCAGCGUAUUCGCCUCCUACCCAGCCAGAGUCGACCACACCCACGCCAGCCACAUCGCGGAAGCGUAAAGCGUCUGACGCAUCAGACUCCCACCCAAAGACCAAGCGUCGGCAGGUGGAGGGAAGUGACUCCGAUAAGGAGUUUGACUUCCUUCAAUUCACGGACGGGGUGUUUUGGCCUCAAUAUGAUGCCAAAAGACCACGUUAUUACGCCGGCGAUGCCACCAUCAGGACCCACGCGGUGGAGAAUGGCAACACACCAGAGUCCCAUUCUCCCAAAAAGCCCAGCAGGGCCGGUGGCCGGGCCCGCGGAGGUGUUGGAAAUGGCGGGGGCCGUGGAAGAGGGAAGCAGAAGGCAAGGGGAGGACGAAGUGGAGAAAGCCCGGAGCCACCGAAUCGAAAACGUCCUUUGACACAGGACGACAGGGUGGAGAUCUCCAUGCUCAAAGCAAGACAGCAGGAGUUGAAGCGGUUCUUCGCUGUCGUCGGCGCCCAACAAGUCGACAUCCUCGAGGCGCUCUCGUUGAGAGACCUCUCCAAGAUCGCCCGAAAGCCAAAGGCACACAAACAUGUGCCAGAAUAUGAAACUGUCGCGGAGAACUUGGAAGGCCUCAUGAAAGAGACCCAAGAGAUGAUCGAAGAACGAUACAACUUCCAAGUCGAGUAUGAGAGACAGCGGUUGGAGCAGGAGAAGGAGGUGAUUGAACAAAAAUUCCAGACACACGUGAUUGAAUCACGCAAAGAGCACCUGGCGGGUGCUGAAGGAGACAUCAUCCUCUUCGAACGUGCUUAUCGCGCUGCCCAUGACGACACCCAUACCGAGUCUGGCUCCGACAUGGACUAUUUCCCACGAUAUCACGAACUCCCGGAGCCAGAUUCUCAGCCGCGUGGUUACCUCUCUGGCAAAAUCAUGGACGAAAAGCCAUUCAAGCCACAGCCGGAAUCCUUCGAUGAACAGGCACGUCAAGAGGUCUUGAAUGAAGACGUCAUCGCACCCCUCCUCAAACAGAUAGAGAAGAGAAACAAUGAAUGGCGAGAAGAACAAAUCCGCAAGAAAUCACAAACCCUGGACGCUCUCUCGGCGGAAGCCAUCAAAGAACUGGAAAAGAUUCCAGGCCGCCUCAUUCCACGACCGUUGCAAAUGCACGAAAGUAACUCAUACGCCUUGUCAGCUCUUGCAGAUGUGGCAGAUUGGGUUGCACUACAGCAUCCAGAACGUCCAUACGUCUACAUGCCUCUGGCGUCAGGCGACGGCUUUCGACGACCAGCACUAGAAUUCUCACCUGUUCCUGGGCCGCCAUACCCCGUUAUUCGUCCGGCAUCAAGUAACCGCCAAUUCAAAUACACCACCAAUGGUCAGGCCACAUCCGCUCCACCACCUCCACCACCACUAUCAGCAACCGAGCCCGGUGUGCCCUCUCUUUCACGAUUCAUAUCCAGUGGACCUGGCCAACCAAUCGCUCCAGCGCCACCCAAACCAGUGACUCGAUCUUCUGGCCCGACAAUCUUCCGUCACAGUACACGCAUGGGGUCGCAGAGUUCUCCGGCAUUGGCUGCUGGACCACAGCAAUUCAUCUUCCAGCCACCACAGCAACCUUUCCAACAUCAAGCGGCUCCUGGUCCGAGUCCGACGCCUCAAUAUGGCCCGGCCGGUGCAGGUGCUCCAGUGGGACAACAAACCAAGAUCCCAAUGACAUUUGUCAAUCAAACCAUUGCCAGUCGAAGUGCAGCGGCUGCAGGGAAUGGAAACGGCAAUGGCAAGGGUGGACAGAGAAUGUUGUUGCCCAAAAUGUGA